AUGGAGAAACACAGAUUUCUUAGACCCUCAGUUCAUUUCACUCUUCUUCUUACUAUAAUUUUCAUUUUCCAAUCUUCAAUUCCUGGUUCUGCAGCUCAACAACCCAUCAAAACUAUUGUAGUGUUGGUUUUAGAGAAUCGAUCUUUUGAUCAUAUGAUAGGAUGGAUGAAGAAAACUAUUAAUCCAAAUAUCAAUGGGGUUACAGACCCGGAUCCUGGUCACUCUUUCCAAGCCAUACGUAAUCAAGUUUUCGGCUCCAACUCAUCAACUCCUACCAUGAAUGGUUUUGUUGAACAAGCAUUAACAAUGUCCACUGAAUUAUCUGAAGCUGUAAUGAAAGGGUUUAGACCUGAAAAAGUACCUGUUUUUGCUUCACUGGUGAGCGAAUUCGCCAUUUUCGAUCGGUGGUUUAGUGCGCUUCCGGGACCAACACAACCCAAUAGGCAGUUUGUUUACUCUGGAACAUCUCAUGGAGCAACUAGUCAUGUCAAGAAGCAACUACUGAUGGGAUUCCCACAAAAAACUAUAUUUGAUUCUCUCCGUGAAGAUGGAAUGGAUUUUGGGAUCUAUUUCCAAACCGUUCCCUCUACUUUAUUUUAUAGGAACCUUCGGAAACUCAAGUAUAUUUCCAAGUUUCAUCAGUUCGAUUUGAGUUUCAAGAAGGAUGCAAGUGAGGGGAAGUUGCCUAGCCUAACUGUGAUCGAGCCGAGAUACUUUGAUUUAAUAGGAGCUCCUGCUAACGAUGAUCAUCCUUCUCAUGAUGUCGCCAAUGGGCAAAAGUUUGUCAAGGAAAUUUACGAGGCAUUGAGAUCUAGUCCUCAAUGGAACGAAACCCUUUUUAUUAUCACGUACGACGAGCAUGGUGGCUUUUAUGAUCAUGUAACUACUCCUUAUGAGAAUGUGCCUAAUCCUGAUGGUAACACUGGCCCUGCUCCAUUUUUCUUCAAAUUUGACAGAUUGGGAGUCCGAGUACCGACCAUAAUGGUAUCUCCUUGGAUCAAAAAAGGAACCGUGAUUAGUGGUCCGAAAGGACCUGCUCCAAACUCAGAAUUCGAGCACUCUUCGAUACCUGCAACAAUAAAGAAAAUGUUCAACCUCUCAUCCAACUUCUUGACACAUAGAGAUGCUUGGGCUGGUACAUUUGAGGAGGUGGUUGGGGAGUUAACCGCACCAAGAACAGAUUGUCCAGAGGUACUACCUGAUGCGACUCCUUUGAGAACCACAGAAGCCAAUGAAGAUGGUGCCAUAUCUGAAUUUCAAAGCGAAUUGGUACAAUUAGCUGCAGUUCUCAAUGGGGAUCAUAUGCUGAGCAGCUUUAGAGAUGACACGAGAGAAAAGAUGAGUGUAAAGGAGGCAAAUGAGUAUGUAAAGGGGGCUAUAUCUAGAUUUUUCCGAGCGAGUAAAGAAGCUGUCAAACUGGGAGCUCAAGAAUCUGCUAUUGUAGAUAUGAGAUCAUCUCUCACUACUAGAUCCAAAUCUCACCCUUGAAAAUACCCAUUCAUGGGUGCUGUGUUUAAUUGGUUUUUCCUUUAAUUUACAUAAUGGUAAUCCUUAUAAUGUACUAUAAAUCUUAUGGUACGCAAUAGCACACUGGUUAAUAGUAACAUGUUCCAAAUA